CGGGCGGCGCGGGCCGGGCGCCCAGGACGAGGGGCCGCAGACAGAGCCGGCCGGCUGAUGGGCGGAGCGCAGCCGCCGACGCACACGAGAUGACCAGGCAUUGAUGUACCCUCAGGAAGUCCACACGCUCAAGGAGGCCGUCCCUGCUGGCUGCUGCUCACAUGGUUUCUGGGCCCCUGGCACUCCGGUGGUGUGCGUGGGCAGGGCGUGGGGACAUGGGGCCCGACAUGGAGCUGCCCAGCCACUCAAAGCAGCUCCUGCUACAACUGAACCAGCAGAGGACCAAGGGCUUCCUGUGUGAUGUCAUCAUCAUGGUGGAGAACUCAAUUUUCCGGGCCCAUAAGAAUGUUCUGGCUGCCAGUAGCAUCUACUUCAAAUCCCUGGUCCUACACGACAACCUCAUCAAUCUGGACACAGACAUGGUCAGCUCCACAGUAUUCCAGCAGAUCCUUGACUUCAUCUACACAGGCAAGCUGCUGCCCAGCGACCAGCCAGCUGAGCCCAACUUCAGCACUCUUCUCACUGCCGCCAGCUACCUCCAGCUGCCUGAGUUGGCAGCCCUCUGCCGCCGCAAACUCAAGCGAGCUGGCAAGCCCUUUGGCUCUGGACGGGUUGGGGCUGCUGGCAUGGGGCGACCAUCCCGUAGCCAGCGGCUAUCCACAGCCUCUGUUAUCCAGGCUCGGUAUCCAGGGCUUGCGGACGGGCGCAAAGGAACCCACACCCACCAGGAGCUCCCACUAGCCAAAGGCUCAGAUGAUGAGCUCUUUCUCAGUGGCUCCACCCAGGAGAGUACACAUAGCCUAGGCCGGGGGGUCUGCCCAACCAGUGGAGAGGUAGGCCUAGGGGGCUGCAGUAGCAGCACCAAUGGAAGCACUGGGGGCUGUGAACAGGAGCUGGGUCUUGACCUGUCCAAGAAGAGCCCACCCCUGCCCCCCACAACUCCCGUACCCCACCUCACCCCUGAUGAUCCAGCCCAACUGAGCGACAGUCAGCAGGACUCACCACCUUCGGCCUCUGCCCUUCCCAUUGCCAAUAGUGCCUCUUAUGCUGAGCUGGGAGGCACCCCUGAUGAGUCUAUGGAUCUGGAGGGGGCUGAGGAUAACCAUCUGAGUCUGCUGGAGGGGUCAGGUGGGCAGCCUCGGAAGAGCCUCCGGCAUUCAUCCCGUAAGAAGGAGUGGAGCAAGAAGGAUCCUGUGGCUGGCUCCCCCUUUGAGCGGAGAGAAGCAGGGCCCAAGGGCCCCUGUCCUGGAGAAGAGAGUGAGGGGCUUGGGGACAGGGUUCCCAAUGGCAUUCUAUCUGGCAGUGUUGGGGGAGGAGGCCCCAGUGGGCCCUAUGGGGAUCCCCCAUACCCUUGCAAGGAAGAGGAGGAAAAUGGCAAGGACGGGAGUGAGGACAGUGGGCAGAGUGGUAGUGAGGGGGGCAGUGGCCACCCUGGCGCCCAUUACAUGUAUCGGCAAGAGGGCUAUGAGACAGUGUCAUAUGGAGACAACCUUUAUGUGUGCAUCCCUUGCGCCAAGGGCUUCCCCAGUUCUGAGCAGCUCAAUGCCCACGUGGAGACACACACCGAGGAGGAGCUGUUCAUCAAGGAGGAAGGGGCCUAUGAAACUGGCAGCGGGGGUGCUGAGGAGGAGGCAGAGGACUUGUCAGCGCCCAGUGCAGCCUACGCUGCUGAGCCCCGGCCCUUCAAGUGCUCUGUCUGCGAGAAGACUUACAAAGACCCGGCUACUCUACGGCAGCAUGAGAAGACACACUGGCUGACGCGGCCCUUCCCUUGUAACAUCUGUGGCAAGAUGUUCACGCAGCGUGGCACCAUGACCCGCCACAUGCGAAGCCACCUGGGCCUGAAGCCCUUUGCCUGUGACGAAUGUGGCAUGCGUUUUACCCGCCAGUACCGCCUCACUGAGCACAUGCGUGUGCACUCAGGUGAGAAGCCAUAUGAGUGCCAGCUCUGUGGGGGCAAGUUUACCCAGCAGCGUAACCUCAUCAGCCACUUGCGCAUGCACACCUCCCCCUCCUAGAAGCCAAAGACCCGCGGGCACCCUCUUCAGACUCACCACUUGGGAACCCACGGAAGAAGCCAGGAGGCAAGGCAGGUGGGGCUGGGACCCUGAGGUCCAGUGAGGCUCCUAUCAGCUCCUCUGACCCAGCCUCCCCACACCCAGAGCUUUAAUCUAUAGUCUGUACCAAGGGAAGCCAAGAGGAGAGAAGCCGGCAGGCUUAGCUCCCUGUGUGUGUUGCUGGUGACCAUUCUACCUCCCUGUCCCAUCUAGGUCACCAGCUCCCUGUAAGGGGCUUCUGCAGAGCCAUUGGGAGUGGGUCACAUGGGUCUUACUGAGACCUGGUCCCUUUCCUGCAGGUUGGGUUGGAGAAGGGGAGUAAGGGGUCCCUCUCAAUGCUGGUCGGGGACCAGGCUGCCUGUAGCUGGGGUGGUAUCUGGAGGAGGCCCCCCAAGCAGGGACUGGGUAUGUGUGCGUGCACGUGUGCUUGUGUCUAUGUGCAGGCGCGUGUGACCCUGGCUCUGGGGAGCAGGUGCUGGGAGGACAGUUUCUCCUUCCCUCCUUGAGCCAGGGCAGCACUGCUCAUUGGCGCUGGGAUAGUCAGGGUGACCCCACCGCCUACCUCUCUACAACUAAAGAGCCCUCUGGGCCGAUGUUGCUGUUAUUCCUACUGAUCUGUUCCUUUUUUUUUUUUUUUUCAAUUUUGGAUUCUGUUUUUAAACCAAAACAAACAAUAGUUUAUUUUCUUCCUGCCCCUUUGGGGCUGAGCCUGGGUCUGCAGACUGAAUGUAAUUGGGGCAGCUGCUCCUCCCCAUUGUCCUCCCCUAGCCCUGGUGGGCACUGUGGAACACACCAGUGAGCCCACCUCUUCAGGCCCCAGAGCCCUUUUUGCCUAAAGGCUUCCCUGGUCUCCAGUACUAUCUGGGCUGCCUCAGGAGUGCUUGCUUUUCCUAUAGUUUCUGAGGAAUAUUCUUUGUCUAGAGGUACUUGUUUUUUAUUAAGAGACACCCCAGUGUAACGUUUAUGGGACUGUUGGAACUGGAAGAUUCGUGGGGUGGGGGGGAGGCUAGACUUGCUGCCAGGGCUGUCGGUACUCUCAUUUUUCAUUUCUGUGUGUGUGGGUAAGUGUAUGGUGUGUGCAGUAUGUAUGGACAGAUGUUUCACUUUCUUUCCUCACUGAACAAGGUGGAGAGACUUCUGACCUUUUGCUACCUCUUGAAUUCAUGACAACAGCAUGUUGGUGACUGGCAGUUGAGGCCCCGAUGCUUUUGUUUUCCUCUGGUCAAGUGAGUUGGGCUCGGGCUGGCCCGAGUGUCCCUCCUGGGCCUCAAUGUUCUCUGAGGGGGCACUUGCUGCUCACUGGGCCUAGGUGAGAAAUAUGAGCUGCUCACAAGGGGCAGGUACCCCAAGCCUCCUGAGCAGCACAGGAGCUUAGAGGAGGAAGCAUCUCUGGACAGUUCCCUGGCAGGGCCAGGAUGAGGCGGAAGUGAGCCCCCACCCAUCCUGUGCCCUAGCUUUGAGCUUGGGAGAGCAGUAGCCCCCUCUUACCCAGUGAGGUGCAAGGAAGAGCUGACCAAAGCACUGGGGAACAGGAUUAGCACUUCUCAAGCAGUCCUGGCCCCCAGUGCGAGAGGCUUGCCAUCACCCAGGGGCUCAGCCCUUUCUGGAGUCCCACCCUUUGCUCCUCAACACAGACUUCUCAGCCAGCCUCAAACACCUCCAUGGGCCAAGCCAGGCUCAAGGCCAGACCAAGGUCACCAUGCUCUGUCCUAUGUCCUUGGCUAACUGGAGUCAGAGCUGGGCCAGCAGGCUUUAUAUUCAUUUUGCUUCAUGCAUUUCUUGUCAGUUUUCUUUUGAUUUUAAGUUCAGACCAAAUAACUCCAGAGUCAUCCCUUACCCCACUUCUCUAGAGACCCUCCAGCUGAAAACAGCCUGAGUUCAGGGACCCAGUGGUGAACGGUGUAUUCUUGGGAGUGAGGGAGCUCUGGCCACAUUAGGGCUCCUGGCUGAGUCCUCCAUGUGGUGCCUCCAGCCCUGAGCUUAUUCCUCUUCUCUUUGGGUGGGAGACAGAGAAUUGGACCCUAGGUUUUAGUUUCAGCAAGUCAGGCUGAGCACUUGAGUGGAGGAGACCCCUGGGCUCCAGCUCACUCAGGGAGGGAGUGGGGCCAUAUAAGACUCCCUGCUCUUUUACCCCACCCCAACUCUCAGCACUUAAGCCACACGACACAAAGUCUGUACCGCCUGGGAAUUGUGCACGCCCCUGGCCUCAUGCAUGGCCUCCUGGGCCAUGGGCAGCUGCAUCUGUGAGGUGACUCGAAAGUAGGUGAUUCCUCUGCAGAACUUCAGGGACUGGGAGCAAAGCCCCCUCACUCAACGAUGUCUUUGCGACAUAGUAUUGUACCCACCUUAGUAUUGUAUCAAGCCUUUUCUGUAUUUUGAGAAAGCAAAACACUAGUUUCCUAUUUAAGAUUUUAAGGGUUUGUGGGGCGGGAUGGGGUUGACACAACACUUAGUUUUGUUUUCUUUUCCUUUGAUUCCAUGUUGGGUGCGUGCUUGUGUGUACGUAUGUGUGGAGAUGUUAAGAGCCUCACAAGGAAAUUAGGCCGUAGGAGGCCAAGGCGGCUUACAGUUCUCUGCUUUAGUCACUUAAUUCCUGAAUGUUUCGGAGAAACAGGAAACAGAAAAUAGCAGAUGUCAAUGUCCUGUAGGAAAGAAGAAGAAAAAAGAAAAAAAAAAAAAAAAAAGGAAAGCUCAUACCCAAAUUCACAAAACCUAUUUUUAAACCAAAGCACAUUUUGAAUGAGUAUGGAACCUCAAUGGGCUCAGAAAAAAAAAAGAUGCUAAUAUAUUUAUCUCAUUGUUUACAUAAACUUUUACAGUUUCAGACCUCAACAGCUGUAAGGCCAGUCCCAGGGAAUCCUCAUCUUCUGCUGGGGGUCCUUCUGAGUUAGCCCUGGAAUGGCUCAUGGGCAGAGAAGGGCUGGAGAAGAGGCUGGAAGCCUCUGUGGGAUCCACCUGAGCCUUCAUCCUCAUCCCUGGGGGCUCUCCAAGCCCAGCUGGCACCAAAGAGCUUAGGCCAGUGCUGAUCAGCUCCUGAGGCCUCCUGGCCAGGACCUCAGUAGUCCUGGCCAGCAGCGGGUGGCAAUCAGCUCUGGUGACAGGACCUAAGUCUGGGUUUGGGCCCCAGGGUGGAGGUGAGCUCCCCCUCCUACUCUGCCAGUGAUACUUAGGGGGUGAAUUGAUGUGAAGGUUUCAUUCAAGCCAAAAAGCAGAGACCUUUGCACAGCUCAGUUGACUCCACUGGGCUUCCACCCCCCACCCCAUGCAGGGGAAGAGGCUUACUGAGCCUGAUCCUUACAACACAGACGGUGCAAACACUCUUAACAGUGUUGUUUUUGUAUCAAUAUGUUUGUGCAGUGAUGAAUGUAUUUAUUUCUCAGACUUGGGGUGAAUGGGCAAGUGGCAGGCCGGGCUCUGCCACUGCUCACUCCCACUGGACCGAGCCACAGCAAGGGCUCCUUCAGGAUUGCAAAAAAGGAAAAAAGAAGUGAUGAACCUUUAAGCAAAUAAGAAUCUCAGAGACUUGCAGCAUAGCCAUACACCUCAGCCUGUGAAAUGAGCACUCUGGACCCAGAUUGACUCCCGAUUUCAUACAGCCGGGGGUGUGUUUCCUGUCCAACACCACUGGGGGGCAGUGGGCCAUUUGCCUGAUGCCCCCAAACUGUCAGUAUUCACUGGACUUCAGGCCCCUGUGCAGGAGUGCGAUCUGGCUGGGUUUGCAGGCAGCAGACCCCUGCCCCCUCCUGUGGCCAUCCUGAUUGAUGAUGGGAGUGGAGGGGGGCUGGCCUGGGCAGCCAGAAGGGCAGGGCUCAGGGAACAAGUGCUGCAUCCGUCCUGCCCCCAGAUUUGGGGGACAAAAGCUAUAAGCACCAGGCCUGAGAAUAACAGGGGUGCUCAGCCCUGCCAUGCCCCACUGAAGGGACCAAGGUUGUCCUGUUCCCCAGAGUCACAUUGGGGCCAUUGUUACUGAACCUGUGAAUUGGAUGCCAGGAAUGAGGGAAUGGAGAGGGACCUAACCAGAGCCUCAGUCUGACAUUCCAAACUGGGUAUGGUAGGAGCUGUGGGAAUUGAGGCUGCCCAGGACCACCCCCCUUCCUAGGAUGCCCCCAGCUUCAGUCACCCCAGUUUAAUUUUCUACCAGGAACCCCUCCCCCUACCUCACCUUGCUAUUUAUUGCUGUAAUUUAUUGACCUCAAGAAUGCUGCAUAACAGACCUCACUUGGGGGCAAGGAGGAUCCCCAGGGCUCCCCCCCCUCCACUUGGUGGGGCCCUGUGGGGCCAGGUGCUGAGGGGAUCCUCUCUACCCCACCCAUCAUUUGCUUCCCCCCAGGGUCCCCAGGUUGGGCUCUGGCCCAUUCACAAAUACCUCGAGGGGAGGGGAAGAGAUGGGGUUAUAGCUGUUUUAAUUGGAACCGGAAGAGGGAUCAUGUCCUAGUUUAUACCCUUCCCAGAGAGGGGGAGGGACACCGGGAUCGCACUCCUGUACUGGCCACCGCCGUUGUCACUCAUCAUUGAGUUCACUUCUCUCUAGAGUUUGGAUAAAUUCAGGUCAGAGCUGCAGGUAUGCAGCCCUCCAGUGUCAUAGAAAAGCGAUUCGCUGAUGACUGAUCUCUCCAGAAGCGUGCAGUCUUAAUGUACAGUGAUGAGAAACUGUUAUUUUAUGAUCUUUUCAUUAAAAGCUUGAUUGAAAACUA